AUGACACCGCAAGAUCAGGACGAGGUGGAGUCGUUGGCUUUGGCGAUCCAAAGCCAUUACUUCCAAUGGCGAUCGAUCAAUCCGAUUGAACCCCAGUUAUCCCAACUCAGUGCCGAACAAGCUGAGCGAUUGUGUGGUCUUGUGAAACCCGCCUUGUUUCGCUCGCCUACGGCGGAGCAAUUCCCAGUUCUACCUAAGCACAAGCGCGAAUUUCUGAAGCGGCUCAUCCUAAUCUUGGAACACUCUGGAAUGUCUGAGGUAGACGAGGUGUUUUAUCAUGAAAUGGCCCAUCCGAGGCCCAUGGAACGAUGCUAUAAAUCUUACUUCCUCCAAGGCCAAUAUCUCCUGAGUCUGGUGGAAACUGAGGCUUUGGUUAGCCGAGGCACCACGGGUCUGCAAACCUGGCAAGCCGGCGUGUUCCUGUUGAGUUGGCUGAAAGAUCGUCAGAAGAGUUUAUGGCCCGACUCUCGUCCUUCUCGGGUAUUAGAAUUGGGAUCGGGGGUAGGGUACACUGGAAUCGGUCUCCUGAAGUUGGGUCUAGUUCAGGAAAUGGUACUCAGUGAUUAUCAUCCUGAUGUACUGGAGACAUUAGCUUUGAAUUGUCGGGAAAAUGUGUCCGAGUCUAAGGGAUCCAAGUGGUCAGUUGAAUCUCUGGAUUGGACUCAAUUCUCGGAGUCGGAUGUUCAGGCAUUAAAGCCGAUUGAUGUAAUCAUAGCCGCUGAUGUGGUCUUUGAUCCUAGCCUAGUACCGCAUCUGGCUCGAACGCUCGGUUUAUUGUUGAGAACCACGCCUGUCGCCUAUGUGGCGUGCACUCCGCGGAAUCUUGAUACCCUUGAACUAUUUUUGAGUCAAAUUGCAUCCCAAGAUCUGAUUUGGUCCGAAUCCGAGAUCUCGAUACCCAAUCCGGAUCAUGUUAAGAUCUAUGAAAUGUGCGCUAAAUUGAAAUAGACUCCCUACCAUAGAUCCUAAA